AUGUCCAGCGACUUGUUGGGAAACGCUGAAAAAUAUUGGCGACCUCUAGUUGAAGCUCGAUUCUCGUUGGCCUCUGCGCAUAUCGACGCGUUAGACACUGAGAUAUCUGCACUGAAAGAUGUGGUGCAUGCGGCCAUGCGGAUGCGCAAUAAGCGCAUAGGCGCGUGCCGCCUUCCGCCAGAAGUCUUGACGGAGAUAUUCCUGUACCUACGAGACGAUUGGGUUCCCUGGCGCGAGUUUUGGACGACAAACGAUGGUACUCAGAAGCGAGGCCCGUUCGAGAUGAGGUGGAUGACCGUGACCCACGUCUGCAGCGAAUGGAGAAAUACGGCAAUCGGGGCAUCCAGCCUCUGGACGCGACAAGUCGACUUCAUAUAUACGCCACUACACUACCUUCCUACGAUCCUUGCUCGCUGCAAAUCUCAUCCAUUAUAUCUGGAGGCCACAGAACUUGGCGACGAUACUUUUCGCGAAGUGAUAGGUUGGCUCUGUCCAUCCAUUUGUCUCCGCCUCCGUCACCUUCGCCUGAGCGCUUACACCAACGAAUUCUACGCACGGCUGAUGCCACUCAUCGCUCCACAUCUUGUCAACGUACGGUCGCUCGAGCUCGAAAGCGAGGAUUUCGAUUCCAACAUCGGACUUUCUCCCCCGCUUUGCCAUAUGACUCAAAUCACAAGACUCCAUCUUGUAGGCUUUCAGUUCCCUUGGGACUCGCCUAUCUUGUCUUCCAAUCUGGAGGAACUUUAUCUACAGCAGGAUGCAGCUGACAAUACUGCGUAUCCAACACUUGCGCAAUUCCGCGCGAUCUGCGACGGCCUUCACUCCUUGCGCCAAAUCACUCUCAUCAAUGUCGUGCCAACUGAGCCCUUCGGUGACACCGCACCCAUACACAUGCCCGGCACCUUGAGACAUUUCUUCUUUCACUGUUAUUCUACGGUGAACAGUGCUAUUGGCCUGAAGGUGCUAGCCUUACUCCGUUACCCACGCGACUGUGUGAGGAUAGUAACGUUGGACAACACGGCGUACUCUCUGACAGCAGGACCUGGCGACAUCGAAGCAUGCCUCAGUGCAUGCAGCCUUUUUGGGGACACACAAGGGCCAAUAGAACUACUUCAUGCCCGCGGCGAACUAUUGGUGCUCCCCUCUGAACGACGGACGUGUACGCUUCUCCGCAAUAUCAAGUCGUUGUCACCAGAGGGAGAGCCCGCCAACAUACGGCAGACACACGGUCCGCUAUCUUUCUUUCGGCUUUCGGGCAUCGCCUUCGAACCAUACAUUUCAUCCCUCCGCAUGAACGACCUGCGCACCGUCACUAUAGCCCAGGAGGACAUCGAUCAUUCGGCUUUUCUCAAUAGUCUGUCAUCGACCGCCUCCUGCGUCCGUCGCAUGGAAAUUUGGCUCUCGGAGAGCCUUGCUUCCUUGCACGCUCUUGCCAAUUCCGUUGACGGGAAGUUCCGACUGUUCCCUCUUCUCGAGGUGAUCGUUCUGCACGGCGUCGUAUGGUGCAGCGACGAAGUGGAUUUCUCCUCAGAGCUUACGGCGCUGACAGCGUUAAUUGAUCUCCGGAAGAGCAUGAACGCUCCGCUAAAGGAGAUUGUAGUGGCGAAGGAUGCGAAGGAAUGGGGCGUCUGGGAUGCGCUGAAGGACGAUGUACAAGUUACCUUUGCGUAG